AUGGCCUACGCACUCUUCCUCCACGGCUCCGCGGUGCAAGAGAUCAGCCUCGAAUAUGGCCCUGACGAUCUCUGGAAGGAGAUUGUGGUGGAGGAAGGCCUUGCAGGAGCCUCCCUAAUUUCGUAUGAGCUGCUGAGCUUCAGUGCGAACAAUCGUCACUACCUGGAGAGCCGCCCCCUGGCCUUCAACCUUUUGGUUGCGCAGUACUCCUGCACGGGCAUCACCCAGGUGGCGGAUGUGCUCCCGCGACGGAGUCCCGAUCCGGCCUUCCACCACCUGCUGGAAGGCUUCGAUGAGUUUCGCCCCUGUGGGCUCGUGUCGAUGUCCGUCUUUACUGACCAGUUCAGGUUGCAGGAUUCUCAGGGACUCUCCUUGCAAGUGGACGAGACGGAGCUCUGCCUGCCAGCUGACGGGGAUCUCUACUCCUGGAUUUCCAUGGACGCCAACAGCGGCCGCUUCCAGGUGGAGGGCAUCACCAGCUGGAUCCCAGAUGGGACGUUCCUCGAACACCUCAAAGUCUGGUACCGGACUCCGGUGGCUCCCCGCGUGCGGCAGCUCUGGGGCCGGAUUCCUGGCGGGCUGUCACCGGGCCGGUACAACCUGAGCUUCCCGGUUAACAGUCCGCUUUGGAGAGAGUGGGGCAUCGAGAAGCGCGUGGUCUUCUCGCAGCUGUCGGGCUUCGGGAUGGGCAGUCCCGGAGCCUGCUUCACGCUGGCGGUGCUCUGCUGUGCCGUGGCUUCCGUGGACCUCCUGGUGGCCUUGGCCUUGCUUUUCGCCGGGGAGGCUUUCAGCCGAAAGAGGCGCACGGUGCAUCCGGAGUGA